AUGCUUAGGCUCUGUGCUUUCCUGAUGAUCCUGGUGGUGAUGAGCUACUGGUCAAUUUUCUCUCUUAGAUGUGACCUGCCUCAGACACAAAACCUCAGGAACAAGAGAGCCUUUACACUCCUGGCACAAAUGAGGACACUCUUUCCUCUCUCCUGCCUGAAGGACAGGAAGUACUUUGGAUUCCCCCAGGAGAAGGUGGAUGCCCAGCAGAUGCAGAAGGCUCAAGCCAUCCCUGUCCUGAGUGAGCUGACCCAGCAGGUCCUGACCCUCUUCACAUCAAAGGACUCAUCUGCUGCUUGGGAUGCAACCCUCCUAGACUCAUUCUGCAAUGACCUCCACCAGGAGUUCAAUGACCUCAAAAUCUGUCUGAUGCAGUAUGUGGGGGUGCAGGAACUGGCUGUGAGAAAAUACUUCCACAGGAUCACUGUGUACCUGAGAGAGAAGAAACACAGCCCCUGUGCCUGGGAGGUGGUCAGAGCAGAAGUCUGGAGAGCCCUCUCUUCCUCAGUCAAGUUGCUGGCAAGUCUAAGUGAGGAGAAAGAGUAA